CAUCCACGCCACCAUGGCCCCCUUCGGACCCCGCCAGCGCCAGCAACAAGCCCCCCGCCAGCAGCCCCAACAGCAGCGGCAGACCCCCGACGUCCGCAGCGAGGUAUUCGAAAACAUCUUUGGCCGUCCUGCUGUCGGCCACCAUCAGUCCCAUGGCCCUCCCCCGGGGCAGCAUGCAGCGCCGCAGCCGCCCCCGGGAGGGACGUAUGGGUACAGACCGUACCCACAGCAGCAGCAGCCCUCGUCGUACCUCCUCCCUGCCCAGCCGUCUUAUCCGCCAAGCUUUCCUGCACAGGGCCCACCUCGGCAACAGCCGUCGCCCUUCGCGUACCGUCCUCAGCCCACACCAGCUCCUCAGCCAUUACCAGCCGAGGAUCCGUAUGACUCUGUGUAUGGAGGGAUAGAGGGGGGCUACGGCAAUAGGUCGGUCAGUGCUGGGCAUCCGCAGACGUUGAUGCCUGCUGGAAGACGUGCUUCCCUAGCGCCGUCUACGUACUCUGGCACAUCCUCUGCCUCAGCCUACUCUCCGAAUCCCAACGACAUUACCUCCCCACACCAGCCCACGGCACGACUACCCUCAGCAACCUUUCCGACGCCCAAACCACGGCUGCCGUCGGGCCCGAAUCUGCAGUACCCUGCGGGGGCCAUGACGCCCGCGCAGGCUUAUCAGACGAAUGUCAGCAGCGGGUAUGGUGCAGCGCAGGUACCAGCGCCGCAUGGCAUGUCGUCGGGGGCGCCGGUGGCCUUUCCUCGGCGCCCAUCACAACCCCACUACGGGAGUGAAGCGUCGUCUUCAAACACUUCCUUUGCUUCGUCGUCAAACCCGGCAGCGCUGGGAAGGAUGCCGACGAGCAAUUCGAUAACUUCAUUCCACAAGCCGACGACGCAAUCACCACCCCCACCACCGCCAAAUGUCGAGCGGUCGACGACACCAGACUAUAUCGGGCAGAUGGGACAUUUGAGUUUUGAGAGUAGUCCGGUGAAGGGGUUUCAGGAUGAUGGGGCGAAUGCUGGUGGAAGGGAAGAUGAGCGAAGGGAUAGACAUGGAUCUGCGUCAGGUAUGGCGAGGGUGAGUAUGCAUCGCCGGAUGGCGUCCGACUCUAGCCUGUCCAGUAGCGGGCACACUACCAAGCCUUCCAGGCCUGUCAUUGCGUACGUAUUCCUUAUUGUUUCUUGAAAUGGCGCGUUUAUAAGAACAAUAGCCCACUAUCCACGAUUGAUGCGACACGCGACGAGGCGAUCAUCUCCACCCCCACAACCCCCACAGGAUCGGUCUCUGACAUGUACACCAUGGCGCUCCUCAACUCUUCCCGCCAGAGUAUGGAGUCGACUUCGUCUUUGCCCCUGCCGGCUUCGGACCACCCGCUACCGCCUGGUGCUGCCCCGGGGUUCGAAGUUCGCUCGACGUCCUUUUCUGGGUCGACACGAAGUGGCGAGCAUACACUAAAGGGAAAGGGACGAGGCAGUGGUCCCGUCCAUCGACACUCGCACGAUCACUCCAACUCGCUCUCCAUCUCCCGCCACACCUCUGUCCCUCCUGCAACCCGCCAAGCGCUCUCCGCCCUCCCGCCCAUCUACCCCGCAUUGCUCUCAGCAGUCGCGGGGGCUUUCAAGCAGGUCAUUACGCUGGGCGAUCUGGUGAAGGAUGGAAUCACUUACAAGGAUUCGUUUGAGGGGCGACUUGCGGUUGCGGUGAUUGCAGAAAUCAUCAAGACGCCGGACCGCAAUCUCGCCCUCCUACUCGGCCGCGCGCUGGACGCUCAAAAGUUUUUCCACGACGUUACAUACGACCAUCGUCUCCGAGAUAACCCCCACGAGCUAUAUCAAUUCAAAGAGCGCCUCGCGACGCCUUGGCUCGAGGGGCAAGAGAAUGGAGGGGGGACAGAGAGCCCGAAGAGCGAGCCGGGGGGACUGGGGCGGAAUGGGAGUGGGAAGAGUUUGAAUAUGGGGAUGGGGUUGGGGAAUGGGUUGAGGGCGUUGACGCAGGCGAGGCCUAAUUCGGAUACGCUGUCGAUGCAGACGUCGGGAUCCGCCACGUCCCUCACCUCCACCCCCGCCACGUCUCUCGCCCCUUCAAGGUCCGGCACGCUCGGGGUCGACUUGAAUCCGGAAGAGGAUGAAGAUCUGCCUGUGGGAGUGUUUACGCUCUUGACGGAUUGUUAUUCCCCGACGUGUUCGAGGGACAGUUUGUGUUAUUCGAUCAAUUGUCCGAGGAGGUUGGAGCAGAUGAAGAGGUUGAAUAUGAAGCCUGAGCCGGGGUUGACGAGAAAGUUGAGUAGGGAGAGUUUGCACGAGGUCAAGGAGACGGGGACGUUGUGGAUUCACUCGGUGUCGCAAGAUAUUCUGGAUAGCGUGGAUGAUAGGGAAAAGAAGAGGCAGGAAGCGAUCAACGAGGUGAUCUAUACAGAGAGAGACUUUGUCCGCGAUUUGGAAUACCUUCGCGAUCUCUGGGUCAAACCGCUCCGCACGCAGGAGAUUGUCGACCUCGACCGUCGAGACGACUUUGUCCGCCAAGUCUUUUGGAACGUGCACGACGUCCUCGCAGUCAACCAGCCCCUCGCCGAACGCCUCACCAAGCGCCAACAGAAGGAACCUGUCGUCUCUGGCGUCGGCGAUCUAUUCUUGGAGCGCGUUCCUUUAUUCGAACCGUUCGUGACGUACGGAGCGCAUCAGCUGUUUGGAAAGUACGAAUUCGAAAAGGAGAAGGGUUCGAACCCCGGCUUUCAGAAGUUUGUGGAUGAGACGGAGAGAAAACCAGAGUCGAGAAAACUCGAGCUGAAUGGGUAUCUUACGAAACCUACCACCCGUCUUGGACGAUAUCCGCUCUUGCUUGAAGCGGUGUUGAAGUAUACGCCGGAUGAUCAUCAGGAUAAGAAGGAUCUGCCAGAGGUCAUCAAGAUGAUCAAAGGGUUCUUGGGCAAGGUGAAUGUAGAGAGUGGAAAGAGUGAGAACAUCUUCGAGUUGGCGCAAAUCGAGCAGAAAUUGGUUUUCAGGCCGAAUGAGAAUAUCGCGAGUCUUUGCUUUGGUGUUGUGACUGGAGCUAACGAUUUUUUUCAGGAUCUGAGGCUGAGAGACAAGAACCGCGAGAUUGUGCACAAGGGGCCAUUGAAGCGAAGGGGAGGUAGCAGGGAAGAGAUUGCGGAUCUGACGGGUUUCCUGUUCGAUCAUGCGUUCCUGCUAGUCAAGCCCAAGUGGGUCAAUAAGAGCGAACAGUACAAGGUCUAUCGACGACCUAUCCCGCUCGAGUUGCUCGUGCUCGUGACCCCCGACGAAUCGUACAACUCUAGUAAACUCUCGCAUGGGCGAACACGGCUCAUCACCCGGCACACGACUUCCUCAAAUAACCAAGGGGCCAACUCUGUCGCUGCUCCUCCCAGACCCGAGUCCAAACAUGGCUUUUCCCUUACCAUCAUCCACCUCGGAAAGAAGGGCUACUCGAUGCAGCUUUGGGUGGAUACGUAUAUCGGGAGGAAGAAGUGGUUGGAGAGUAUAGAUAAGCAGCAGACGUCGUUGAGGGAGAAGAGCUGUGUGUUUAUCAGCGAGAGUGUUGCGGAUGGGUCACCGAAUGGAUUGAGAAAGGUCAAUUGCGCGAGUCCUUAUGAUCAAGGAAACAGAAUGAUCUUUGGUACCGACGACGGUGUCUACUUUGCCAACCUACGCGACGACAAGCUCAAGGAUCCCGUCAAAGUCAUCUCCCUCAUCGACGUCACCCAGGUCGAUGUCAUUGAAGAGUUCCAGCUCCUCAUCGUCCUGCACGAGCGCUGCGUGACGACUUUCCCUCUUGAUUCGUUGGACCCGUCUGAUCCUGCCGCGGCGUUGAAGAGGGGAAAGCGGAUCAGCUCGCAUACGAGUUUCAUCAAGAGUGGAGUGUGUCUUGGCAAAACGCUGGUGGCUAUUGUGAAGAGUAGUACGUUGAGCUCGACGAUAAAGGUUAUGGAGCCAGUGGAUGUGGGACAGAACAAGAAGAAGGCACAGGCGGGCUUUAUGAAGAGGUUGAAUGGACGAGAAGAUGCGUUGAAACUCUUCAAGGAAUUCUACAUCCCCACCGAAUCUUCCUCUGUUCACUUCCUCAAGACCAAGCUUUGUGUCGGGUGUACCAAAGGCUUUGAGAUUGUCGACCUUGAAACCCUCGAUAUGCAGGGCUUGCUGGACCCGUCGGAUGGAUCUUUGGACUUUGUGUUGAAGAGGGAUAAUGUGAGGCCGAUUGCCAUCUAUCGGAUUGAGGAGGAUUUCUUGUUGUGUUAUGACGAAUUCGCAUUCUAUGUCAACAAGAAUGGAUGGAGAGCGAGACCGAAAUGGGCUAUUGUCUGGGAGGGUGUCCCUACGGCGUUUGCCCUGCAUUACCCUUAUGUCGUCGCCUUCGAGCCUACGUUCAUCGAGGUCCACCAUGUCGAGACUGGGCAUCUCGUCCAGAUCAUUCCCGGCAACAACAUCCGGUGCCUCUUUGCCGAUACCCCUCCUUCUCGAGUCAACGCCCCUCCCCCUCCCAACCGUAUGAUGUACCCCGGUCAAGCUGGAGGAGCAUACAGCCGUCCCCCGCCCCACCCCGGAUACCCCUACCCUCCCAACACUGCAGCCUACCCUCACGCCCCGCCUGCCGGCAGAGGCUACUACCCCAACGCGCCUCUUACCCCCGGCGCUCGCCCUCGCCCGCCUCCCCAAAUGGGCGGAUACCCCGUUCCCCAUCCGCAUCAGCAGGCUCCGCCGGGACCUCCGGUCAAUAGGUUUGCGCGGUCGCAGGUGGUGUUUGUGAGCGACGAGAGUCAUGUGCAGUUCCUCAAGUUCCCUCCGCCGCCUACGCUGGGACCGCAGGGGCAGAGAGGGAGUCUAGGUGCGCAGAGUACGACGAGUCUCGCGGGGCCGAGAGGGUCGAGAUAG